AUGUCACUUUCAAAAGGAUCGAAAGGACUUCUUUCGUACAAUUUAUUUGUACAUGCAUGUAGUGGAUCUGCAGCAUCAUGUGUGGCUUUAACAGCAGCUUUUCCAUUCUUAACAAUUCUUCAAAGAAAGCAAUUGGAUGACCUUAAGGCUGUAAAGAACCUCAACACAUUCCAAUUAAUUGAGUAUUUGGUUGAAAAAGAAGGAAUUGGAUCACUUUACCGUGGAUUAAUUCCAGUAAUGCAAUCAUCAUGCAUUUCGAAUUUUGUUUAUUUCUACGUUUUUCAUUUAUUGAAAUCAUUCCGAACAAGAGAAGAUCAGAGUGCAGCUGGUGACUUGUUACUGGGGGCUCUUGCUGGUUGUGUAAAUGUCCUUAGCACGACACCUUUCUGGGUUGUCAACACAAGAUUGAAGAUGCAAGGACUUAAUUGUGAUUUGCCAUACAAAGAUCUCAUCUCGGGUCUUAAAUAUAUAGCACGUAGUGAAGGCGUACAAAAACUCUGGAGUGGAACAACAGCGAGCUUGAUGUUAGUUGUUAAUCCAGCCAUUCAAUUCUCUGUCUACGAAGCAAUUAAAAGAUAUUUAACGAAAAUUUAUGGUAAAGAAAGCCCAUCGGUUCUUUAUUUCUUUUUCCUCGGUGCAAUUGCCAAACUUGUGUCAACAUUCGUAACUUAUCCACUUCAAUUGAUUCAGACAAAAAUGCGCCAUGGUGACAGCGAUUUAAAGAAAAAUCUACCUCCAAAUGCUGGCACACUUGAAAUGGUUCUUUACAUCAUUAAAAGUAAAGGAAUUAAAGGACUCUAUUGUGGACUCGAAGCAAAACUUUGGCAAACUGUCUUGACAGCUGCGUUAAUGUUCAUGACAUACGAGAAAAUUGUGAGAUUUGUCAAAGUUAUUUUGAGAGCAACUGCUAAAUAGCAGUAAAAAUUUAAUUAAUUAAUUAUUGGUUGCAGUCUUAAUGAGUUGUUUGUUUUUGGUGACUUUGCUCUCUUUCUAGAUUUCUCGAACAAACGUUCUAGUCGUAAUUUUCAGUGAGCAUUCCAUGUAACUUUUAUGUAGUUAGGUAAUAUUUGUUUUUAAAGCUUUAAUUUUCUACUUCGUUUUACUGAAAUAAAAUUGAAUUGGGUGAAACAAUCAAAAAUGAGUUUUUAAU